UCAGGUUAAAGUAUUCAUUUUUCAUUUUUGUCGAAAAGUCGUGAUAAGCACUAACAAUAUUAAACUCCGUUCUUGUGAGUAAGUUCUGUGAUGGCGUGAUGCUUUGUGCUGAGCAGUUCUAUUUUUUCAUGGAUUAGUUGUACAUGUUUGUCAAGCACUCGUCACUUGAGAGUUGUGAUUAAUCGUCGGCAUCACAGAAACGAAAACGUAAUCAAACAAUUAAAAACAUUCAAGCAACUGUGAGCGUUACCUGUUAGUAAUGUUUACUAGCCAUAGUGAUUAGUGAUGGCUGUUUAAGCGUUCUCUUGAUAGUUUAACGUUUUAAUUAACUUCGAUUGUCAUUCUGUUGACAUAACAUUGACUCAUAACGUGCUACUAUUAAAAGCGACCAACGCUGCGCACCUGCCGUGUAUAUUUCUUAUAGUAACUCGAUUGUUUGUGAAUCCGCUGGUGCCAAAGGCAAAAUCCAMACGGACGCGUGAGAUAAUACAUAAAGACGGAUACAACAAGCUCGGCCGCAACACAAACUAAGGCGGCUUGAAGUGUAUUGAUAAUGGCGGAUCCCAUAAAUCCUAAUAAUGAUUUUGAAGUCAGGUUGCCUCCCGAUGAUUCCGUUUCAGGAAUGGAGUUUAGUCCGGCCACGUUGCAGAAAACAUUUCUCACAGCGGGUAGUUGGGACAAAAGCGUACGUUGUUGGGAAGUCGAAGAGAGCGGCCAAACCGUGCCAAAAUCUUUGCAGUCUAUGAACAUGCCAAUUUUAGACGUCUGCUGGAGUAGUGACGGUACAAAGGUUUUCAUAGCGUCUUGUAACAAACAAGUGAAAAGCUGGGACAUAGAAACAAAUCAAACAGUGCAAGUAGCAGCUCACGAUGCACCCGUAAGAACUUGUCAUUGGUUGGAACCAACAUCUAAUACUCGUAUCAUGACGGGCUCGUGGGAUAAAACGGUAAAGUUUUGGGAUCUUAGAUGUACACGUCCCACAACGACCAUUAAUCUAUCCGAAAGAGUUUACUGUGCUGAUGUGGAAUAUCCUAUUGCAGUUGUCGGUACGGCAUCAAAUGUUGUAAUUACUUAUAAACUAGAUGGGACACCGUCAAUGAUAGAUCAAAUAACAUCUCCUCUUAAAUAUCAAAAUCGUUGURUUGCAAUAUUCAAAGAUAAGAUAACACAAAUUCCUACUGGUUUUGGUUUGGGAAAUAUUGGAGGAGGUACUGCUGUUUUUUCAAACUUUAAACCACAAAAAACUAAAGAUGUUUUCUCAUUAAAUUGCCACUGUCGAAAUAUCUUGAAAAUACCACCCACACGAAACAUAUAUGCCGUUAAUGAUAUCAAGUUUCAUCCAAUCCAUGAUACAUUUGCAACUGUGGGAUCUAAUGCCACAUUUGCAUUUUGGGAUAAGGAAUCACGUACAAAAUUGAAGAUGUCCGAAGUAUUAGACCAAUCAAUCACAAAAUGUUGUUUUAACAGUACUGGCAAAAUGUUUGCUUACAGUUCUGGAUAUGACUGGUCAAAGGGUCCUGAGUAUUAUGAUCCAAAUGAAAAGCCGCAUAUAUUUUUAAGGUCAUGCUUUGAGGAACUGAAACCAAAAUGAACUACUUAAGAUUAAUUGUUCUUUUUUCAUAAUAUGUUGAUUAUUGUAUUUAAAGUAACUGUGAUAAUUCAAAUACAAUUUGACAAC